AAUGCAACAUUUAUUCAAUGCCAACCGCCGUUAAACCUCGAAGAAGAAUGAUUUCAAAGUUCAUCCCGAGUCUGCCUCUAAAAAAUAUAUUUUGUCAACAUGUCAACACAAGUCCAUGACAAUGUCAAGCAAUAUUAUGGUUCUCGCCUGGAGUCCACCUGUGAUUUGCAGACUAGUGCUGCCUGCUCUCUGCCCUGCAGGCCAAUGCCCAAGAGUGCUAUAGAGGCCCUCAAUCUCGUUCACCCUGAAGUAACCAAACGGUUUUUUGGCUGUGGUCUUCCUGUUCCAGAGAAACUUCAUGGCUGCAGAAUCUUGGACCUGGGCAGCGGUUCCGGCAGAGACUGCUAUGCCCUCAGUAAACUAGUUGGCGAGACUGGCCAUGUCACAGGCAUUGAUAUGACUGAGGAACUGAUUCUAGUGUCCCGUAAAUACAUCCCAUACCACCAGGAGAAGUUUGGCUUUGAGAAACCCAACACCACCUUCCUCCAGGGGUAUAUGGAGAAGCUAACGGCAGCUGGCGUUGAGAAUGACUCUAUGGAUAUCAUAGUGUCAAACUGUGUCAUCUGUUUAUGCCCUGAUAAGAAAACGGUUCUAUGUGAAGCCUAUAAGGUCCUCAAGGAGGGUGGUGAAAUGUACUACAGUGACAUGUAUGCCAGCAAUGUUGUUCCUGACCACUUAAAAGAGGAUUCAGUUCUGUGGGGUGAGGGAAUGGGCGGUUCCCUCUAUUGGCGCGACUUUAUCUCAUUGGUCCAGGAGGUGGGCUUCAGCACGCCUCACCUCAUCUCAGCCAGUCACAUUGAGGUCCACAACUGCGAGCUCAAAAAGAAAGCAGGUGAUAUUAGCUAUGCGUCUGGCACUUACCGGCUCUUCAAGUUGCCCAAAAAGCUAGAGAUGUCAAGUGCAAUAGUGACCUACAAGGGGACAGUGCCUGACUACCCGUGUCAGCUGGAGUUUGACUCCUCCCACUGCUUCAAGAAGGACGUGGCACUGCAGGUGGAUGGGGAGAUGGCUGCUAUCCUUCAGUGCUCUCGCUUCUCCCCGGACUUCUGCAUCCAGAAGUACGGCCACCUCAGCCCGUUUCUGCUGGCCAAUAACCUGGGCUCCUCGGUGAAGCAGUGCUCCAAAACAGGCAAAGCUGCAGGAGGCUGUGGGGAGACCUAACUCACUACACCUGGAUGACAUCAUAUCCAUGAAAGACCCUCCUCAGAAUGACAGGGUGUAUGUCCCAAUAGUCUCUCCUUCCUCCUGAAGUAUGCACUCAUUCAUUACUUCCCACAAAUUUAAAAUCAUUGGAUUGUUGUUGGCCUGGGCUAUUGGGAGUUUCCACCAUAUUUCUUAUACCAGUCAUUUCAUAACAGUGUAGGGAUGUGAACAAGUGCACUUGAAGGAGAGGUUAUUUGGAUCACCCAAUGUGACAGAAAAGACGUCCAUUUUGAUGUCUGUACCUAUGUAGCACAAAUUAUAUAAAAAUGGUUGUAAGUGUUUCUUUUCAGACUGAAAAGCCUACCGUGCCUUGAAAUACUAUAUUUUUCCUCUCAUGUCCAGCUCAUAGAUUUAAAUGGAAAUGGUUAUUUUAUUAUGUAACAUUUGGAGCAUUACCUGGAUAAUACAUGAGACUGUAGCUUAUAUACUAACUUAUUUACACACUGAUGUGGACGCCUAAGGCCCGCCCAGUCAUUCAAUGUAAAAAUUACAUUUGUAAAAAAAGACUUGUCUUGUUAAAUUCUCAAAUGACAUGCACACAGGCUGAAGGUCCCACCAGCCCAUACACAUAGACCACUUGACAAACGCACAAAAGAGAAGAUAAAUAAUUCAACAAAACUGCCAGUUUCAGAUAUUUAUUUGUAUCUAGGGGUAUUCUGUGUGUGGUGGUGAUUUUGGGCCUGGCUAAUGUGACCCACAUUACUUAAAAGGUCAAACCAUGACGUCAGUGAUCUUCAGGUCGGAGUCCUAGAAAGAUGCUGAGUGUCCGACUUGGAAUUCCGAGUUGGAUGACCAUUCCUAGUUCACAGUUGUUUUGAAUGCGGCAGUAGCAAGACUAGCAGAGUUUCCACUAGUUACCACAGCCAUCUUUAGUCAUGAUUAGAUCAUAUUUUAGAUUAGUUUAAAAGUCACAUGUACAGGGUUGCAGAUGUAAUUACAGGCUACAGUGAAAGGGGGAGAAGAUAGCUGAUUUAGUGUUGGCUAUUCAGCAGCCUGAAGGUCUGGGGGUAGAAGCUAUUGGCCAGUCUUACAGUUUUUGCCAUGAUGCUCAUAUUCUGUCCUCGUUUGAGUGAUUGAAACGGGGAGAACAGGCCAUAGCUCGGGUGGCUGGGGUCCCUGAGAAUCUUCUUGGCCUUCCUGCAACACUUGGUGUAGGUGUCCUGGAGGGCAGGUUGAGUGUACCACCCACUGUAGUGCCUUGCGUUCCCUGGUGGUGGAGUUGCAGCCAGACAGUUUAAUCUCGAUGGUGUUCCUGUGGAACACUGUGAGGGCCCUCGGGACAUGCUGAAUUUCUUCAGCAUCCUGAGAUUAAAUAGUUGCUGUCGUAAAAAUGUAUGAAAACUAAAAUGAGCUUUUUGGUCUUAAUGUUAGGGUUAGUAGUGUGGUUAAGGUUAUGUUUAAAAUCUUAGCAACCAGGAAAUGAGAGAGCAAUUUUUGCAAAGUGCAACUUUAUGUGUUUCCCUUAAAGGCUUACCUUAAUAAUAAUGUUACCUUACCUAAGGGAAUUGUUUAAGGGUAUUGCAUAUAGUCCCUCAAACAUUUCCCAAGAUAAGGUAAUCAUUUAAGGGUUUAAGGUUAGAGUAGUGCAGAAGUUGUCAUAUGCCGAGGCAGUGAAGAAAGUAGAGGAAGAUGGGUCAAGGGAGAGGGAUCCUGAGGGGAGUGGUGUGAAUAGUAGAUCUGUAGCAGUACAGAGGGAUAGGCCAACAAGUGAUAUGUGUUUCAGUAAGAUUGGAUUUUUAGCAUUUAUACUAAUGGUUAUCAACUACUGCAGGGAUGGACAUAGUCGCAGAAAAUUGAGAUUGUGGUGGCAGCUGCAGAGAAGUAUUUGGUUGUGUGAGAAGAGUUCCAGGGUGUGUUUAAGUGGUGAUGUCCCAUCCUUUCAGGUUGGUGGCAUGAGGUAGGACUAAAUAGUGGAGUAGGGUGGUGUUAUUUUUAUUUUAUUUGUUAGAUUUCUUUGUGAGUGUCAUGUUAGAUGGUAGGGUAUUUGUUUAUUUAUUAUUUCAAGCAAAGUAUAAUGGAGUUGUACUCCAGUCUAGUAGGUGGCGGUAAUGCAACAUAACGGCCAACCGCCGUUAAACCUCAUUGAAGAAGCACUCUUAUUGAAUAUUCAAAAAUGUCUUACAAUAAUGAGAUAUACCCAAACUUAAGGAAAGCUUUGACUAUGUACAGACUCUGUGAGCAUAGCCUUGCUAUUGUGAAGGCCGGGGUAUGCAGACCUGGCUCUCAAGAGAAGACAGAGAAGACUAUGUGCACACUGCCCACAAAAUUAGGUGGAAACAGAGCUGCACUUCCUAACCUCCUGCAAAAUGUAUGACCAUAUUAUAGACACAUAUUUCCCUCAGAUUACACAGAUCCACAAAGAAUUUGAAAACAUACCCAAUUUUGAUAAACUCCCAUAUAUACUGGGUGAAAUACCACAGUGUGCCAUCACGGCAGCAAGAUGUGUGACCUGUUGCUGCAAGAAAUGGGCAACUCACUAGUUGUUCUUCACUAAGAACAAACACCCUUGUAAAUACAACCCAUUUUUAUGUUUAUUUAUUUUCCCUUUUGAACUUUCACUAUUUGCACAUAGUUACAACAUUAUAAAUACAUAAUAUGACAUUUGAAAUGUCUUCAUUCUUUUGGAACUUCUGUGAGUACAAUGUUUACUGUUAAUUUUCAUUUUUUAUUUAACUUUAGUUUAUUAUCUACUUCACUUGCUUUGGCAAUGUUAACAUGUUUCCCAUGCCAAUAAAACCCCUUCAAUUG